AGAUCAGUUGUCAGCUGCACAAUGGCAACAUCAGUCUGUGCUCUCUCGUCUCGUUGCUGCCGCCGUCGUUUCUGAGCGGUGGGCCGGCCCAAAACGGUUUGGACCGUCCGUCGCGCGGUUACCACGAGUUCUUCUCUCGCGUAUACGCGCGCGCUCUCUGUCCUUCUCUCUUAUUCUUUGUUCUCGUCUCGGAAGUUGAUCGCGGAAGACGAAAAAUUAUUCCGGCCGUGUUUCGAAAACGAGAUACAAUACAACCAAUGCGCCGCGUCCGUUAACGUGACGCAGCAGCCGAGUGUGAGAAGCCAAGAAGAAGAAGAAGACUGACGAGGUGGAUUGCGGUAACGCCCGCGGACGUCCAAUCGUCUAACCACCCACCGAUUCAGGAACGACGCACGGCAGAAACGACGAAGGAAAACACGAAGAAUCAGUUCUCGACAGCGACCGACUGAUUAUCCACGAAGAUCUCUCUCCGUCCAAGAACCCAGCGCAGCAACAUUACGAAACGGCACUGCACGGGUUCCCACUCCCAAAAGCACAAGUGAUAUUUCUAACUAAUAGCUUAACUCGUUAGAGCUUAUAGAAAAGCCAAACCCGUGAAACAGAAUCCAUAUUGCGCUCUUUGUACAUAUUAUAAAUGCCGGGUAUUCAGACUGCAACGCAUUGCGACUAAAUCCAAGUGACGCACGAAGUGUGUUCAAAGCAUUUUACUAUAAUCCGCGAUCGUUGUGCGCGAACCAGGACAAUAUAAUAGGAACUCUGUCUGUACACGAGUAAUAUAUCGAGUGUGUGCGCGGGACGCAACAUGAGGAGAGUGGCCAGGCAGCAUCCACUGCAUCUGCAAAUACCACCGACCCGUACCAAUAAUGGCAAGUUCCUGGUCGGUCUUAACGGCAGUCAGGACGUCAUUCAUCAGCAGCCGUCGCCACAGCAGCAGCCGAGCAGCGACGAGAACAGCGCGGUGGUGCCGCCGAGCUGCGUCUUCCCGACCUGCGAGUCUGUGCCCACCGACCUUCACGGGGUGCCACUCAUACUCGGGGAUCGAUUCCUGCUUCUUGGUCCGGCCGAGGGUAGCGCUCUUUAUCGAUGUGUCGACGUGCACAGUGGUCAGCAACUCGUUGCAAAGGCGCUGACCGUGGGCGACAAAGGUUGCGAGGCAUUGCUGCAGGCCCACCUUCGUCUGGAGGGCACCGGUGCGGCGAGCGGAGUGGCGGGCGUGGUGGAAGCACCUGGAGGUCGGCGCUUCCUCCUCUUGGAGGGCCAUCACGGUGACCUGCACGCCUACGUAAGGGCGCGCAGGAGACUGCGCGAGCCUGAGGCGAGACGGCUCUUCCGGCAGGCGGCCAGGGCUGUUGCGACUUGUCAUGAGUACGGAGUCGUACUGAGGGACCUCAAGCUCCGGAAGUUUGUCUUCGCCGACGAAGCGAGAACACGGCUUCGCUUGGAGAGUCUCGAGGACGCGGUGAUCGUGGAGAACGACGACGACAAGCUGACUGAUCGGCGCGGAUGCCCGGCGUAUGUCGCGCCGGAAGUGCUGCGCUCUGGACGUGCUUAUUCCGGCAAGGCAGCAGACAUCUGGUCGCUGGGCGUGUUGCUCUACACGAUGCUGGUCGGCCGUUAUCCGUUCAAUGACGCCGAGCACGCGUCCCUCUUCGCCAAGAUCUCGCGCGGCCAGUUCGCGGUGCCGGAGGGCCUGAGCCCGCGUGCCAAGUGCCUGAUCCGUUCGUUGCUUCGAAAGGAGCCGUCCGAGCGACCGUACGCCGAGGACGUGCCACUGCAUCCGUGGCUGUCAAAGCCGCUACGAUUAUACUCGUCGACAGCUUCCGGCAACAGGUCCUCGUGCCAGGACCAACUUGUACCAGAGCUACCUACCAAUCCUCAACAAGACUGACUCUCCUUUGGGGGAAGAAUCACUAAUCUGCGCGCGACGGCGUCAUUUUUGCAUCCUAGUGUUUCUCUCGCGCCGAUAACCGGGCCGAACUAUCAGGCCGAGAGAAAAGAGUUAGCGCAAUCAAAAGAAGAAGGAAGGAGAAAAAUAACUUUCUUUUAACACAUUGGCUGUGUCCGUAGGGAAUAUAGCGAUAAGUUUUGACAAGUAAAAUGUUCUUCGAUCUGUUUGAUAUAGCGCCUUCGGGAAAGAUAAACAUGUAAAGGAUUGAACGAAACCGUUAUCAAAAGAGAGCAAUGUGCAGUAAAAAAUCUUGUUUUCAAAGAAAAAAAAAGUAUAAGUUGAGAAAUAUAUACCUUGGCAGUCAAUGUGUUAAUGGCAGCUGAAUCACGCUUUACUCAUAUACGUUCAAAUCGCGCUAUCUCCAGUCUGUAUCGAAAAAUUGUAUCAAUAUUUACGUCUCAGAAGACGCGCGGUUAAACACGGCUAAAGAUGCCGGAUCCUCUUUUUUUCGCCGACAAAGAACGGCCUAGAAUAAGCUUCGAAAUGUACUAACAAAGAACGAAAGAAUAAAGUUCUCGAUGGAAAUUUUUAUAUAGAGGAGAAUAACCAAAGUCUAUUUUAAAUUCAAUUCUUUGUUUUCUUCGUUUAGUGCUGUAACUUUGGAGUUGAAUGGUCGAAGCUGGAACUUUGAACGCAAGAUGAUAUUAUAUCUCAAUAAAGGUAAGCUCACUCUAGUCCCGAGAUUACUCACGGUUGAAGCACUGAACAACGAAAAUAAUUAAAGGGAUCCUCUGUAAAAUACCGUCUCGAUUUUGGUCAUUCUCCGCUUACAAUUUCGGAGACAACGUGACGCAAGUGAUUACAAAAGUUUUUAUUGGCUAAAGAAUCUUAGAUUCGAGAAACAUUGCCAUUACUUGGUCCAAGAAAUCAUUCGCCUUGUUGCUUACAAGUAUAUUCGCGCGCGUGCGAAUCCUUUGUGAUAAAAUCUUGCGGAUUCUAAGCGACGUAUGUGAUACAAAAUAUACAGAUUGUUAAGCGAGCGGUUACUUGCAGUCAUCUGUGUCUCUGAAGUCCAUGUAUAUUAAUUAUUGUAAACAAUCGAAUUCGAUGUUUGUAUUGUGCGUUAGAUAUACUCGAGUACAUGCUCGACUUUCUUGAUAUUUCGCAUUGCGCAUCUACACGGAAUGGUUUUUACGCUAUACUGGUUGAUUCAUGAAAAAAUAGCUAUAUAUAAAUUCGAACGAGCGACUGGAACAUAAUGUAAAUUCGAAUACAACUCUAGUGAGCUUUGUAUAGUAUAGUACAUACAUAGUAUAAAGCGAUGAAUAAAUGGGAUUAAAGAUUGAGUCGGAUUCAAAUUAAAAAUUCGUAUAAAAAAUAUAUAUUGUAUAUAAAAUAAUACAGUACGCGAGAGUAAUUGCUUAAUAACAAACGUUACCAGAGCAAAAUCGAACAAAUUAAUGAACGAGUUUCUAAUCUAACAUCUGGCUCAUUCUUCCAAGCAUACCCGUUUACUUAUCAUUAUAUCACAGAGUCAAUCAAAUUUACUAGACGGACAUCAAAGAAGGGAUACUUCUUAUUUAGAUAUGAUAAAACCUCGUUCUCUGACCUAGAAACAUUGCCCGAAAAGUUCAAGACUGCUUGGACAUGUGGCCUAUACAAUUAACUUUAUUAGAAAAAAACACUAAAUACAUGUUGAUCAGUGAAUUUCUAACUUAAGAACAAUAAAAAUACGCUUCUGGAUUACUCAAACGACGAGUAUCUAUGAAUAUAUAAAUGUGUUCAUCAAGGGCAAUGUUUUCAGGUAGAAUUCUUUCUAGUUAAUCAAAGACACGAGAUUUACCCUCUUUUGACUCAAACCUUUGAAGUUUGAAGUCAUCGCUUGCGCGAUAUAUAUGUUCAGCUCACUAGAUAAAAUCGUUUCGAAUUUAAAAACGAAACAAAAUAAACGAUCGACGAUCUUGUAUCAGUUGCACAUGAGGCUGCACAUCCUAUUUUGAAGAAUUUUUUCUUAAGAAUGAAUCAUCAUAAUAAAAUUUUCUGACGAAAUAUUAAAAGAUACAAAUAUUAAUAACUUUGGAUUGUCGAUGAAAUUUAGCCUCAUGUGUUCCAAAGCUUAUAAUCUGUAUGCCAGGUGACGAAGCAUUCUCGUUCGUAGAAUUAUCGGCUUAGGCAUUGAAGUUCAAGAGGAAAGCGCAGGGAUGAUGAGAUUGUCGAUCGAGACUGCAACUCGAUCCUUAUCUUGCUCCCUCAUGUUUGAAGAAAGUACCAUGUGUUCUUGUAUUUAAAAUACAUACCUACCUACCCGAACUCUUUUCUAACUUUCGCGGAAGUAAGUAAGAGAGAAACCUUUUUUCCUUGUUAUUUUAUAAUUCUCGUCCGGGACAACAUCGGUUCCGACUUUACAAUUCCUCUCGUAUCAUCUUAAGUCAGGAUACAAACGCCACACGCGUCCAUCAACUUUCAAUUGUCCUAAGACACGAUUAAUUAUUAAAUCAUUAUCUAGGUGCGACAAGGGAAUUUCCUCUUUCUGUAUAUAGGCAAAAUAAAAUGGCGUUUAUGAUGAA